UUGCGAAAACCACUGACGCAAAAAAGUCUAAACUAAAAAUAUUUUUUUGUAUUAAUAAGUUAUGUAUCAAGAUUAGACCCUGAAGAAUAGAUUAAUUCCAUGUGACAAUGGAGCGAUAUAUUCCUCUAAUUUUCGCUGCAAUCAAUUUGAUCCUUUGGGUCAACAAUACUACGUCCGCCCAGACUACUUUCUGGCCUAUUAGCCAGACUCAAACUACUGUCAUGCCAAUAAGCCAGACUCAAACUACUGUCAUGCCAAUAAACCGGACUCAAACUACUGUUUCUAACGUUGAUUAUUUAGAACUGAGAGACAUCUCAGGGUAUAUUAGCAGCCCUGGAUACCCUAACAAUUACCCGGAUGAUUAUAGGUUUAUGCGUCUCAUAUCUGGAGAGGUUGGGAAAAUUAUAAACAUAAGAAUACAGUUUUUAGAUACCGAGACAAAUUAUGAUUUCCUAAGCAUCUUUGAUGGUCCAACAACUCAGUCUUCACUACUAGUCAGAUUGACAGGUUCUAAUUUUAAUUACGCGUCAUCUACACUUAAUUUCACAUCAAGUACAAACAAACUUUUUGUUUUCUUCGAAACUGAUAGAAGCAUAAGUCGCACUGGCUUCAAGGCAUUCUAUACGAUUAAUGCAAGGUCUUUUGGAAUGUUCUGCAAUAACUCUUUUGCAUGUGACAUUGAGCUAGCAUGCAUUAAUAAUACGUGUGGCUGUUCAGGCAAUACAUAUUACAACUCAUCGUCGAUGACUUGCGUCAGUGCAAGGUCUUUUGGAAUCUUCUGCGAUAACUCUUUAGCAUGUGACACUGGUCUAGCAUGCAUUAAUAACAAGUGUGGCUGUUCAGGCAAUACAUAUUACAACUCAUCGUCGAUGACUUGCGUCAGUAAUUAUCAAUACGAAUUGAGAAGUAGCUCAGGAAGUAUUUCCAGCCCUGGAUACCCUAUCAACUACCCAGAUAAUUCUAAUAUCACGUGGCUCAUAUCAGGAGAGGAUGGAUAUAUGGUAAUAUUAGACAUAAAUAUUGUAGAUAUCGAGAUCGACUACGAUUUUCUAUUUAUAUUUGAUGGUCCCACAUUUGGGUCUUCACUACUGGCCAACCUGACUGGUAAUAUUAACUUCACGUCAUCACCAAAGAAGAUAUCAUCAAGUACGAACGAACUCUUAGUCUACUUCCGAACUGAUAGUGUUAAAACCCGAACUGGCUUUAAUGCUUCCUAUAAUAUACAAGAACGACUUUUGGGGAGCUUUUGCAGCAGCACCAUUGUCUGCAGCUAUGGGUUAAACUGCAUUGAUAGGAAAUGUAAUUGUUCAACCAACGAGUAUUUCGACCCAUCCUCGAGAACUUGUAUGAACGAUACUCAGACUAUAUUAAGGAAUAGCUCAGGCAAUAUUUCGAGCCCUGGAUACCCUGAAGACUAUCCUGAAAAUUAUUACUUCACUAAGCUGAUUUCUGGACCAACUGGAAAAAUUGUAACUUUAAGUAUAUAUUUUCUAGAUACCGAAAGAUGCUGUGAUUUCCUACAGAUCUUUGAUGGUCCAACAACACAGUCAUCACUUCUGGCCAACCUGUCUGGUAGUGUUGAUUACGAAUCAGUACCAUAUACUAUAACAUCCAGUUCAAAUAAAAUUUUUGUGUGCUUUAAAACUGAUGUAAGCAUAAGCGGCGCUGGCUUCUAUGCAUCCUAUAAUAUUCAUGAGAGGAGAUUUGGAGACUUCUGCAACAGUACUUACGUUUGUGAGACCGGGUUUCUCUGCGAGAAUGGUAAAUGUGGUUGUUCAAGCAAUGAAUAUUUCAAUCAAACUUUUAAUGCUUGCAUUAAUGAUCCGGGUCCUCCUAGUCAUCUGUUGGAAGAAAAAAGUCAACUGGACAAGUCACCAUAUAUUCUAUGGUUUAAUAGUUCUGGAGAUAUCGAUGACUUUUACCAGAUAAUUCUCAUGACUAACAGUUCUUAUAAACCUAUGGUGACAAUGAAAAGCAAGACUCCCGAGCUGUGUAUUACGUAUUUAGCGCCAGACACUGACUACAUCUAUGAAAUUAUCGUAAUCAAUAAAUGGGGCAUUAUUAGUAACUCAACAACUGGAACAUUUAGAAUAAAGCAAGAUAACUCUACACUCAGUAAUACAUCAACUACAAUCAGCCAAAUCGACAUCAUAAUUAUAACGGUAGCUGCUGUUGGCUGGACAUUAUUUCUCCUGGCUACCAUUGUUAUAGUUUAUAAUUGUUUCAGACAUCGUAAAACUGCAACAGAGCUAAACAGUUCCCAGAAAAAGAUUCCAACAAGCAGACCAUUACCAUCACCACACGUACAUGAAGAUAAUAGGAAUGCCUCUACACAAUCGCCUAAUUGUCAUUUACCGAACGAAACUUCAGACCAGACCAUCGUCAAACGAACGCUGAGCUCUCAUUACAACACAUAUUCAAAACUUGAGUUCGAAGAGGAAACAAGUUUCCAUGAAACGAUUCUAACGUGCAGACCAUCAUCAGCGCCCGAAAUACAUGAUUAUAUAACGCUUGUCAAUUCAGAAUCAUUAUAUCAUCAUAUAGCCAUCGAAACUUCAGAACAGCGCCAAACAAAUUCUCAGCUCUCGUUUCAACACAGACCUCUACUGUAAUGUAGAACAAGACAGUGAGUAUGUUGAUUAUGAAGUCUACCAAUGAUGGAAGAAAAGACUUUAAUAACACUAUACAUUAAAUUGUAAUCUCAUUCAUGUACAUUUAGGUAUGGAUAUUCAAGUACGACGUUUAGUAACAGAUAUUAGCCCAGUAUUUUGUUAGUGUACCAAAGUGAAUUUUGACAUUCUUAAGUUAAUUAUUAUUUGAAUCUAUGUUUUACACUCUGGCAUGUGUGAAAAUUUUAUAUAUAACUUUCAAGAGAUUUUUUUUUAUUACUAUGUCAUGCACUAAAAUAAAAUGUUACCCUCAUUAUAAAAACCCUCAGUCCUAGGCAACUUUCAGAAACACAAUUUACUUUGACUGAAUUAUUGUAUUUGAAAGAUUGACUAUUUUAGUACUGAAUUUUUUUCUAAACUAUUUUUGUGUGCUAUAUUUUUAACUUUUCUAGCCUUCUAUUCAGUUAACUACGUAGAUAGGAAUUUUGUGUGUGUGUAGAAAGUCAUUAGCAAUCUUCAUGUUGUUAAGAUUACUAACUAAAUAUCUCUGCAUGAUGGGUUAACACUUUUAAAAUAACCGAAAUCUUUAAAGUAAAAACAUUUUCAACAGCUUAAAAAAAAUAGAAAAAAAUUAAAGAUAAUUCAAACUUGAAACUACACUCUUUCAUUCAAAUGAAUACCCUCAUACAGUCCUUAUGAUCUAUGGGGCAGACGAUGUAAAGGUCAUCUGUUUCUGUGGCCUACGGUUAACAAGGAUGUCAUGUGGCCAGUACAACGACCAACCGCCUUUACUUUUCCCCCAACUAAUGUUAAGUACCCAUUAGAGCUGGGUGGACUCAGGGGCGCCCAAAGAGCGCGACAUUAAAAAAUCCUAGUCUUCACUAGGAUUCGAACACGGAAUCUCCAGUACGGAAGCCGAGCGCUUUAUUGCUCAGCCACCGUGACCCACUCUUUCAUCUAGUAUCCGAUAUUUACAUGCUAUUAAAGACAAUAAAAAAUAUGUAUAAAUUUCAUGCAGACACAAGAUACUUUUCGUUACCUUAUCUUAUAAAAGUUCUAAUGCAAAUAAACUUUACUAAUAAACCUUUAAAACUAAUAUAUAUAUAUAUAUAGUUGUGUUUUGGGGGCGGGGGGAUGACAAGUGAGUAAUACUAUAAAUGUGGAAUGAUUUUAUGUUGUAUUUCAUGUACAUGUGUAUUUAAAGUGUUAUUUAAUUAUUGAUUGCUACCAGAUUGUUAUGUUAAAGAAACUAUUAAAGUAACAGGAUCCUUUGA